AUGAAAGGGGAAGUAAAGACUGAGCUUGAAGCCUUGUGUUACCAUAGCUACGGAUGUAUGCAGACAUUCGCCACUAUGCUAGUUCAGUCGGUGAAAGGGUAUAAUUCUCCGCAUGGCCUCACUUUAGAUCUAGAGUAUAGCGCUAGGAGGGACAAAGGGAAAGACCAGCACGUUGUAGUCCGGCUUCCAAAAAGGAAUCUAGAAAGGAGAUCAUCCGAUAAUAGGGGACAAGACCUGCGGAGGUUGAAAUAUGAGGACAACAAAUUCCUGAAAUCCAUUGACCACCCACCUCCUUCCACCCCGCAACUCUCUUCAUACGCUAGGUUUCUUAUAUACUAUUUCUGUGGCUAUGGUAUAUUCACCAAGCCAGAUGGCGAAUCUGCUUUCAAGGAAGGGGGAGUGCAGUCCGAUGUUCUGGAGUCGGAGUUUGAGGCGAAUGGAGGGAAAGAUACUUACGAUCAUCAAAUCACUGAUAUACUAUUGAUAUUCCCUCAACUGCAUGGAGAAUCGAGUAAGCCAAGCCUACAAUUUUGCUCUCCGACAGUACGCGCUGUCUUUCGUAAACAUUCACCUAUUGGUUUGAUGCUUAUGCAUGAAGAAAUUGAUGCUGGACGUGAAUUAUCGUACUUUCAUGGGUGUGGUGGCUGGUGUCGCUUUGGGUAUGGAAGUGGCUCCCACGGCAAGGAAGGCGAAAGAGUCGCUCUGAUGUGUGUGAAGGAGUACAUCGUUGUUCUGGAUAUUGGUUGA